GAAAACUGUGUCUGCCCGUCGAAUGUGACCGCACAGCUGACAAAUGUGCUGAGUCACUGGACGGUCAGUGAUUGGCUCAGACGGGCAGACACAGUUUUCUACACUACACAGGGGAUGUUGAAGGUCAUUGAGUCAGCGCACUGUGCAAAAUGGAGACAGCAGCGGACCCUGCGUUACAGAGCUUUAUUGAAGCAGAGACUCAGAAACAGCGGUUCCAAGCACUGGUACAUCAGCUGACUGAACUGUGCUGGCAGACUCAGAACAUGGCCGACGCUGUGGACGACAGUAAAAGAAAACACUCUGAACUACUGAACUUCCUGCCCAACAAACAGGAGAAAUGUAUGGAGAAACCAGGACCAAAGCUGGAUGCUCGAUGUGAAAGCUGUUUUGUAAAUUGUGUGGAGAGAUUUAUAGAUACAAGCCAAUUUAUCCUGAACCGAUUAGAACAGACUCAAAAAUCCAGGGGAUCCCUUUCAGAAAACCUUACAGACUAAGGACUGAAUUUAUACUGAUAGCCUUGAACAACCAGGCAUGCAAGGUGUCUUUGUUUCAUUCUGCUUCAUUCUAAGAUGACUUUCUUGCUUGUGUUUGUGGACUGCACACCCUGUUGCCUGGAAAAGAUAAUCCUACAUGUAUGCUUUCUUUAAGCAGCCCAAAAGAAACUCUGUGUCACAAUAUCAAAUACUUCACAACUAGGAUGAUAUUAUUAAAUAUAUGCUGGCAGUGCAUUAAACAGUA